CUAGCUAACUCUUAGCUGUGUUAUUUGAAUAUGAAUUACAUGGCAAUAACUGUUCUUUGGGCUGUACUUUUGUUCUUUGCAGCAGUUGCUAAUGGAGUUCAGACCACCAAGCAGCCUUACAGGACGGCCUACCACUUCCAACCUCCGAAGAACUGGAUGAAUGAUCCUAAUGGACCAUUGUACUAUAAAGGUGUUUACCAUCUAUUCUAUCAGUAUAAUCCUUACUCUGCAAUAUGGGGGAACAUGACAUGGGGUCAUUCAAUAUCACAUGAUCUUGUAAACUGGAUUCAUCUUGAACAUGCCCUUAAUCCAACCGACCCUUAUGAAUUGGGCGGUUGCUACUCCGGUUCAGUCACCGUGCUCCCAGGGGGUAGGCCUGUAAUUUUCUAUACUGGUGCAGAUGAUCAAAACUUCCAGUCACAGAAUCUAGCAUUCCCCAAAGACCCCUCUGAUCCUUACCUGAAAGAAUGGGUCAAGUCACCAAAUAAUCCUGUAAUUGCUGCAACAGAUGGUGAUAUUGAUCCUAGCAACUUCAGAGAUCCAACAACUGCUUGGCAAGCGUCUGAUGGCACGUGGCAAGUUCUUAUUGGUGGAAAGAUUGAUGGCCGAGGAAUAGCAUUUAGGUACCACAGUAAUGAUUUUGUUAAGUGGACUAGGAGUGAGAAGCCUUUUCACUCUUCAACAAGAACUGGAAUGUGGGAGUGUCCUGAUUUCUAUCCUGUGAGCAUUGAUAGUAAAGAUGGAGUUGAGAACUAUCUUAAGAAGGAAGAUACUAAAUUUGUUCUAAAGGCGAGCUUUCUUGAUCAUGAUCACUAUGUACUAGGCUUUUAUAAGACUGAAACAAAUGAAUUCGAGGUAGACAUAACUGACUUCAUGGAAGAUAAUACUGAUUGGAGAUAUGAUUAUGGUAGUAAGUUUUAUGCUUCAAAGACAUUUUUUGAUGGUGAGAAAAAAAGACGAAUAUUAUGGGCGUGGAUAUUGGAGGCUAAUGGUAGAGAAAAUGACAAGAAAAAGGGAUGGUCAGGGCUUCAGUCUUUACCUCGAGAAGUAUGGCUUAGUACUAGUGGGAAGCAAUUAAUACAGUGGCCAAUCCAAGAGAUUGAAAGUCUUCGCAAGGGUAAAGUAGCAAUCCAUGCCCAGGAGCUCGAGAGUGGAUCGUUUGUUGAGGUUGGUGGCAUCACAGCAGCUCAGGCUGAUGUGGAGGUGUCAUUCGAGUUGACAAACUUAGAAGAUGCAGAGGAGAUGGAACCUAGUUGGAAUGAUCCUCAGCUGAUCUGUGCUCAGAAAAAUGCAGCAGAAGAAGGCAAGUUUGGACCAUUUGGAUUGCGGGUUUUGGCUUCUAAUAACUCAACUGAAGAAACUGUAGUUUUCUUCCGGGUGUUUAAGAAUCACACUAGGCAUAUUGUACUGAUGUGUAAUGAUUUGAGCAGAUCUUCCUUAAGCAAAGUGGUUGAUAAAACUAGCUUUGGAGCUUUCGUUGACAUCGAUCCCCUUCAGGAGAAGAUUUCACUUAGAACCUUGAUCGACCAUUCAAUUGUGGAAAGUUUUGGUGGGGAAGGAAAGGCGUGCAUCACAGCCAGAGUAUACCCAAUUUUAGCCAUUGACAAGGAAGCAAAAAUGUUUGUGUUCAACAAAGGAAACCUUAGCAUAAAAAUGUCGAAGCUGAAUGCUUGGAGCAUGAAAGAAGCCAAGAUAGUUCCUUUUGUGAAACGAAGAAAGUCCGGUCAUGACUAACAUUAAGGUAAUAGAAACUAGAAAGUAGAAAACACAGGUAGCAAGCCUGCAAAUGAUCAUUCUUGUGGCUUGGCUACUGCUAGAAAAUCCAAAAGUUUAGAAUUCGAAUUUCAUGUAUAAUUUUUUUGUUCUGAGAUGUCUGUCGUAUUUCAUGAUCUUUCUAAUUAUAUCUGGGAAAUAACUGAUUCAAAUUUUGUUUGAACUCCA